UGUACCUGAAUCGGGGUGAUCUCUUCCUCUCCUCCCCCUCUCUCAGAUCACUGCUCUGAAGCGCUGACAGAGAGCGGACAGUCGCCCACAGUAACCGGCUCUGUAGCAGCCUCUGGCUUAUCUCAUCUCGGCGGAUCGCCCCCAGUGCCGACCCGUACCGACCGUUCCCUUUUCUAUCAGUUGAAUCUCCCUGACACACAAGAGAGACAGAGCUGCGGUCGGGUUUCACUUUUUUUUUCUUCCAAGGAUCCGCAUCUCGCAUCUUUCCCCCGGAUCUUUGUUUCUGGACGGCAGGCUGCGGCUGUGUAAUGCCCCGUAGCAGGAGCAGCAGAUGUGCUGAACAGCACCCCUAACAGCGGUAUCUUCCUAUAAUGGCCUUGAGCUGAUGCUGCUGAAAUCCCUACAUUCAUGAAAAGGCAUCGGGAAGCAGAUUUCUGAGGGAUUACACCCAUGCACGUGUACGCAUAUGCAUACAGAGAGGAUACCACAGUUUCAGGAUUUGGCUGCCGCCCAAGUGUGGAGCUCACUCUGAAUGAACUUGUGUGACUGACAGAGGCACUCACUGGUAUCAUGGAAGAAGAGGAGGAGCCAACGGAGUCUUAUUGAAUUUAAAACACAUGACCCCACCUCCUUUUUUUUUUCCUGCCUCACCAUCAAAGGCUGCUUGAUGACUUGUAACAAACAGCAGAGCGUGCAGAAAGAGAGAAGAGUGCAGAGCCGACCAUCCGCCUGCUGCUGCUGUCCCAUGAUACAUCAAGUCUUGUAAGAGCAGAAUCAGCCACACAGAGGGUUGUUUCUAUGGAUACCCCAUGCCCUGAGUGGUAUUAAUAAGGCUCCCUGAUAUUCUGACUAUCUGUGCAUGACGAUACAGGCAGAGAUUAGAAGUGCAUCCCUGCAGCAGACUUCAGCACUAAAAUAAAACAUCUGUGAGGGAGAGACAGACAUCAUCACCAUCAAGAGGAAGAUGCUGAAGGAAAAAGAAGUUAUUUUUAAACAUGCACUGUAGAUGCUUUACCAGCAUGUCCCUGUAUGAUCACUGACUAAACCGAACAUUACAUUUAUAUAUAUAUUUUGAUAUUUAGUGAGUUUGAUGUUUUUCUCAACCGCACCUUUUCUUGAAGGCAUCAAAGUUCACUUUGUUUGUCCUUACUUUGGGAAAACAUGAGCAACAGAUGGUUCAGUAAAACUUGAAUUGCUCCACACUGGACUAAACAAAGGGGUCAAAUGAUGCACAAAAACUUAUUUGUAGGCCUCAUGGAGAUCAUUUCUUUUCUUGCACUAUUGAGUAUAGCUCCAAAAUUCAGCACAACCCUUUCUUAAUAAUCCCCUUUUCAAGUUUUGUGGGUCUCUUGAAUUGUCACUAUUUUCCAUAGAAAUAAUUCUGCAUUUUGCGCUUGUCGACAAGGAAACAAAUAUCUAAAUGCAGCAGCUAACUAAAUAAAAUUCAGGUCUGUACUCACCAGCAAGAUGUAAUGUCAUGUGCAUAAAACAGUAAAAAAAACAAAACAAAACAUUGGUAAUCAAGAGAUUAAAUCCAUUGUCUGGUACCUGGAAUCAUUCACCUCUAUUACCUCUAGAGUGAGCAGCAAUGGCCAGACAGGACACCCCUCACUUUCUCCAUGGCUUCGACCUUGGUGGUCACUUUGUUGACCCUCGACCUCUCGGCACAGGUGCCACAGGCCUGGUUCUGUCAGCUGUGGACCAGCGUACUGGACAGCGUGUAGCAAUUAAAAAGCUGGUGAUGCGUGACGCUGUGACAGUGAAACAUGCCCUGCGGGAGGUCAAGAUCACCCGGCGGCUGCACCAUGAAAAUGUGGUGCGGGUUCAUGAGGUUUUAGCUCCAUAUGGACGACCCUUGCCCCGAGACCCAACCCAGCUCAGUGCCCUCUACAUUGUCCAGGAGUGCAUGGAGACUGAUCUGGCUCGGCUGCUAGAACAAGGGCCGCUACCUACUGGUCAUGCUACUCUGCUGUUCUACCAGCUGCUGAGGGGACUGAAGUUUAUCCACUCAGCCAACGUCCUGCACCGAGACCUGAAGCCUGCCAACAUAUUUAUCAACACCGACCAACUGCUGCUCAAGAUCGGAGACUUUGGGCUGGCCAGAAUAGUCGACCCUCAUUAUUCUCAUAAGGGCUAUCUGUCGGAGGGGUUGGUAACUAAGUGGUAUUGCUCCCCACGUCUGCUGCUGUCACCCAACAAUUAUACCAAGGCCAUAGACAUGUGGGCCGCAGGCUGCAUACUGACUGAGAUGCUCACUGGACGCAUGCUGUUUGCAGGAGCUCAUGAGCUGGAGCAGAUGCAGCUGAUUCUCGACACAGUGCCGGUGCUGAGACAGGAGGACAGGCAGGAUCUGCUACAGGUGAUGCCUUCAUAUGUCAGUCAUGAAUGGAAAGUAAAGAAACCCUUUUCUGAAUUGCUGCCUGAAGUGGAUCAUCAGGCUGUGGACUUCCUUGAACGAAUCUUGACCUUUAACCCCAUGGAUCGCCUGACAGCUGAAGAAGCGCUAUCUCACCCCUUCCUUCAGCAGUACUCUUGUCCAGAAGAUGAGCCCACUUCAUCACAUCCCUUCCGCAUUGAGGAUGAGCUGGAGGACAACCUCAUCACUGAGCAGAGCCUCAGCAGCAGCAACAGUCAGGCCUCCAGCAUCCAAUGGGACAGGUAUGAGAACAGCUUAUCAGCAGUUAUGUGCUGGCAACAAUCAGGUGGAAGGUGUCUCUGUGUGCCCCCUUGUCACAUUACCUCUGACCUGGGAGACACUACAGAGGAGGAGGAGGUGCAGAGAGACCCCCGGGCCAGUUCCAGCUCACUUUUAGAGGAGGCUCAGGUUGACCCACGAAAAUAUUCCCAUAGCAGCUCAGCUGAGCGCUUCCUGGAAAACUCUCACUCCUCUCUGGAACGGGCCUGUGGUUUGGGAUAUGGGGAAGUUGACUGUGGCCGCUCCUGUGAUUACAAAGUGGGCUCACCUUCAUAUCUGGAUAAAAUUGCCUGGCGAGAGGGAAAACCUCAACACUACUCAGAGCCUAAGUUGAUCCUGGAUCUGUCUCACUGGAAGCGUAACACUAACAGCCUCCUUGUGCCUCCUGAGCCUAUUGGUGGCAGCAUGGAGGACCCGGCAGAGAUGAAGGAGGUGGAAGCAGAGAAGGAAGAAGAAGAGGAGGAGACAGGGGAUUUGUUCCAAGAAAUCUCUCGCUGGGUUGAGAGCACCCAGUCUCGUCUGCACUCACCCAGUCCCAGUCCUUCUUUGGAGCAGCAAUCACCCUCCUGCUACACUUCCUCGCCACCUCUCCCUCUCUCCCCUACUGACCUCCCAACUCCAGUCUUCCACUACACGGAGGUUGUGCGGCAACCAUCAGUUUAUGAUGAAGGCAGACUAAGCCCAUUUCGCCCUAUCAUGUCUUCUCCUAAUGCCCUUCCAUUACUUUUCCCUUCAUCUCCCACCUCUCUACAUCCUUCUCAGUCAUAUCAAACAGUGUCUUCCCCGACCACUCAAUUUAUCCAACCCACAGAAUCUCAGCCCCUUUCUUCCACCUCUUCCAUUUCUCAGCCAGUAAAUGCUGACUCCCUAGAGUAUCUUCCUGUCAAGCAAAAAGAGCGUCUAUUUGACCUAGAUGUGUUCAUAUCCCGAGCACUGAAACUGUGCAGGCAGAGGAAAGAGAAAGCAAGCGGGAAGAAAGCAAAAGAGGGGGGAUGGAUGGAGGAAAGCAAACAGCCAAACAUUAACCGAAAAGUACCCAGCUUCCCAGAGCACAGGACUCAACCACCACAGACGCCACAGACUCCCAACUCUUGAUGCUGAAUUUCAGCUGCAGGUCCACCACAGCAUCAUACUGGGUAGCACUUCCAAAUGUUCAUAGUGCUUUACAUAGUGAGUGGUCCCCGUGGUUUAAUAUGCUGCUUAAACAUUAGACCAUAGUGUUAGCAGCUUUUGUCUUUUUGGUACUAUUGCAAUUAUACACUAUAUGCUGUGAUAAAACAACCCCCAAACUUAAACAAGCAAUCUUCCAGCUUUGCCAUGAGAUGUUCUCAGGCCGGUAGAGGUUUAAUAUAAACAACCACAUUUAACGCUGCAAACAUCAAAGAUUUGUUUUACAUGCCCAUAUUUAAAAGUAAUCAGCUAAUAUUUCUUUUAAUUGUGGCUUGCUAUGAUUGAUCAGACAAGACUUUUUUUUGUGACACAAACAUUUGCAAAUGACAAAAGAAGGAACAGUCUGCUGCUGGCAUCAGUUGCCCAGGCUAUUAAUAACUAAGAGAUUAAGCCUGUUUUAGGCAAGCUUUCAAUUUGUUUUUCUUACAAGAUCCCAUCCCUAACUGUCUAUAACCCUUUCUGAACACAAUUCAAGUGGUCUUCCAGUGGUGAUGUUCACCAAAUAAUAAUAAUAGUGGCACAGUGCUUUUUCAGUGUGUCUUUGAAUGUAUUAAUAGGAAAAAUAACCCAUCAUAUUAUGCUACAUGAUGACCUAUAAUGAGUAUAACACUCCAACAGUGACUUAACUGCUACAAACGGCCUGUCAACUUGUACAAAAUUCAGACAGAUUUAAUUACAUAGUAAAUUUCUCAAGAGUUGUACUAGUAUUCUUGUGUUUGAAAUAUUGUUGUGUUCUUUGUUAAUUAGUAGGACCCAUGUUCAUGUUAUUUGGAGUGAGUUGUAUUCUGUUUGAAUGUGGAAUGCUCUGUGGUAGUAAGUUAUGACUAUCAGACAGCUUUGCUCAUGUUUGACCAUAAAUCGUUUCUUGUUUGCCUGAUGUACCAAACAAGGUCUAUUUUACACUGAACAUAUACAAUCCUCUCUGUACUGGACAGCCAGACAUCUAUUGCUCAAAUAUAAGCCGCAGAAAGCUUUAACGCAAUCAACAGUAUGCUAUAUUUUAGAGAAUGUAGAUCCUUUACAACCUUUGCAGGAAAUUAUUUGUACUCAAAAUUUUUUAGUGCUUUUCAGCAGUCAUAUUAAUAUAUGGAACACGAAAUCAAUUUAAAAAUGUAUAUAUAUGUAUAUAUAUAUAUAUUUUUAAAAUUCUUUACUGUCCAGCAUGCUAAGUAGUAGACCCUUAAUAUGUUCCUGACAGUAUUUCCACUCCUGAUGUUCAACCAAGGUAACCAGACCAGUUAAGGGGCAUGUGUACAUUAAGUAAUUAACAGAUGAAGGCUUCUGGCUUGUGCCUCAUAAUCUAUUAAUCAAGAGCUUCUCUUGAACUGUGGAACUAAAAAUGGCAUUAAAUAAUUCUUCAGAGCUAGUGCCAAAAAUAAACACAGUUAAUUUAACAUUCCCUGUAUUCUGUGGCCUCAAUCCCCCCCAUCUCCAGUGUCACUGUUUGAAAUGUGACAUUCUGCUGUGAACUGAUCAAAGAAUGCACGAGUCGAACUUUAAUGCUGAAAUACACUAUAUGGACACUAAAUGUACUGGGCCAUCUACAUGUUACGCCUACAGGAGCUGGUUUGGAAACCAAAGCCAUGAAGAUCCCAGCACACGGUUUUUGUGCUAAUGUUAAUGCCAGAGGAGGUCUGGCACUCUGCAGUUACUGAAUCGGCAGAGCGUUGUGGCUCCACGCACAGUGACCCUGCUUUUGUAACUGUUUAUCACUCUGCGCCUGAGUUGCUGUGGUUCCUAAGUACUUCCGCUUUGCAAUAAUAACACAGUUGAUCCUGUAAUAUUGAGAAUGAAAAAAACAUCACAAACCAACUUCUUGCAGCUGUGGCAUCCGAUUACUUCACAAAUGUUUGUAAAGGCAGACUGCACUGGCUGGGGGCUUGAUUUUAUAUACAUGUGGCAAUGGGACUGAAAGCACCUGAAUUCAAAGAUUAGAAGGUGUGGCCCAUUAUUUUUGUCCAUAUAGGGUAUAUAAAACACACUGCCAGCAACACAACAGAAUAAGAAUGCUUUAUCAUCUGUGCGUCCACCAUCUGGUAUCCAAUUCCGACUAGUUUAACCUGUAGUCAGUUAACCUUCAUGCUAUCCAAUAAGUUGAAUCUCUCCAUAAAAUUCAUACAAGCUACCCACAUAUCAAAGUUGUCUCAAAUGUUAACUGCUAAUGCAGAUAUAAGUUGCUCUAAAACUGCUGACUCUCAUACUGUCUGCACCUGCAUGCCGUAGCUUACAUACAGCAGUUGUAGGCACACUUGCACAACUUAGUAUGACUUCCAAAGAAUUGAGCCAUACAUGAGAUUUGCCAUCAGUACAACCUAUGAGACAACAAAGCCAAGUAUGUUUCUUUACAUCACAAUGAAGCACAGGUAGUGUCACUAGCACAUGUAGAAAUAGAAGAUUUCCUCAUUGACAAAUAGAACAUUUAACCCUUAUUUCUGCAAGUAAUUUAGGUGUGCUGCAGUCUGCCUAAUCAAAAGUAAUUUUGUUCUAAACUCAUACACACAGGAUCAUAUUUUGCAUUAGUCAGUUUCUUCUAAGCUGCAGGUAGCCAAAGCCAGCAAUAACAUCAUUGACAAGUACCUGUAACACAUAUUGUUACUGAGCCGAAGUUAAUUCUUUUAAGUGUGUAAAACAAUGUAGAAAUGUGCCUCAGUACGCCUCAAUACUUCCAGUUUGCUGAAUGUAAUGUGUCCCCUCCCUUCUGCAUGGCUAUUCAAAUAGCUUAUAGGUUGUUGUUUUCAUUAUGUGUCACUUUGUGAUAACAGUCAUAUUUCUGUGGGCUCUUAUUUCUUUUGUAACCAUGCUUCAAGGAGGCCUCGGCUUUUCAUCUAGGAAAAUCUGUGAGGUUUUUAAUGCUCUAUACUGACUGAUAGUAUCUCUUUUUGGAGUUUCUGUUCUUGCUGGAAAAUUAAUAAAACAAUACUAAAACAA